AUGGCGAUAGGCUUCCUGUGGGCCUCUGCCGGUCUCUGUGGGCUUUUGUUGAUUCUCGCGCUGGACAUCAUGGGCCUCUUCUCGAGGAAGAAUCACUUCGAGGUCGAAGGACGAACUGUCGUGAUCACAGGUGGAUCUCAGGGCAUGGGCAGAGGACUGGCCAAGCUUCUUGCGCAGAAAGGCGCCAACGUGGUCAUUGUCGCCAGAACUCAAAAGAAGCUUGACGAAGCGAUCAAGUACAUUUCGCCUGCUGCAAAGAGUCCUUCCCAGAAGUUCCUUGCCAUCAGCGCAGAUGUCACGAAAGUGGAAGAGAACGAGCGGAUCAUCGCAGAAGUCACUGCCUGGAAUAAUGGCAACCCACCAGAUAUCGUUUGGGCCAAUGCCGGAUCUGCCCAUCCAGAUCUGUUCCUGAACUGCUCCCCGGAACUCCUCAGAUCGCAGAUGGACCUCAACUACUUUGCGGCCGCAUAUCUCGCACAAACGACGUUGAGAGAAUGGGUCAAACCGGCAACCAGCAAGCAACAAGUUACAGAUCCGAAAUCAGUCAGGCCGAGACAUUUCAUUUGCACCUCUAGUGUCGCCUGUUUUGUGGGACUCGCAGGCUAUACUCCGUACGCUGGCCCAAAGUCUGCAAUGCGGAGUUUAGCAGACACACUACGGUCUGAAGUCCUUUUGUAUAACGGGGCGAGACGUAAGGAUCCGGUCACUGGCCCUGCGACGGACAUCAAGAUUCACUGUGUACUGCCUGGCACGAUCACUUCCCCAGGCUACGAGGAGGAAGAGAAGGUCAAGCACCCAGUGACCAAGGUCCUGGAAGAGGGCGACAUUGCUCAGACAGAAGAUGAGGUGGCUCUUGCCGCUGUGAAGGGACUUGAGAAGGGCGGUUUCCUGAUCACGACGCAACUGCUAGGGGAUGCGAUGAGAGCAGGCGCACUUGGUGGAAGUCCACGCAACAAUUUGUUUGUGGACACGCUGUUCAGCUGGGCUAUAGCUGUCGCGUGGCUUUUCAUCGGACCAGAUAUGGAUCUGAAGGUGUACAAUCAUGGCAAGAAGAACGGGCUAGCAGUUUCGAACUGA